UCAACACCGUAACAACUUUAAUACUUCUUAUUAAUUUGAGGAAUCAUUCCAUCAAAGAAUUACUGCACUCAUUCAAUCACGAUACAAUUUAAUCUAGAAACAAUCCUCAAUCCUGUCGUCUCCAUUCGUUGGUCAAUCGUGGCGCAAAGUAAAUAUUCACAACCACCUUGACAAUGGGGAUCAUUCGCAAGAAGACGGCAAUGAGAGGGGGUGAAGGUGGUGUUAAAUACGUCUGUGAUAUAUGUUCAGCAGAUGUCACGAAUACUGUCCGAAUUCGAUGCGCCCACUCUGCUUGCAAUGAAUACGACCUAUGUGUACAAUGUUUCUCCGACGGCAAAUCCUCCUCACAGCAUCAACCUGCUACUCACCCAUUUAGAGUUAUUGAACAAAACUCCGUGCCAAUUUAUGAACCAGAUUGGGGGGCUGAUGAAGAGCUACUAUUAUUGGAAGGGUGUGAGAUAUAUGGAUUGGGUUCUUGGGCAGAUAUUGCAGAUCAUAUUGGAGGGUUCCGAACUAAAGACGAGGUUCGAGAUCAUUACAAGAAGGUCUACUUGGAUAGUCCAAAAUUUCCACUACCAAAACGAGCUAGUCCACAUGAUACAGAGUUGAUGGACGCGUUGCCUCGAGACGAAUUCCAAGCUCGAAAGAAGGCACGAAUAGAGAAGAGAAAAGAGGCAGCUAAAAAUCAACCCCCACCGCAACCAAAAAAGAAGCCCACGGCUAGUGUUCCGUCAUGUCACGAUAUUCAAGGUUAUAUGCCUGGUCGUCUGGAGUUCGAGACCGAAUAUGCAAAUGAAGCAGAAGAGGCCGUUCAGUUAAUGUCAUUUGAACCUGGUGAUGGAAUUAAUCCUACUACUGGAAAGGUGGAACCGGAAUUCGAGCUCAAAAUGACAGUGAUGAACAUUUACAACCAGCGGUUAACCCAACGAGCCGAUCGUAAAAAGGUCAUAUUUGAACAUAACCUUCUGGAAUAUCGCAAAGCAGUUGCUCUUGAUAAAAAGCGUACAAAGGAAGAAAGAGAUCUUCUUACUCGUACAAAACCUUUCGCGAGAAUGAUGAAUCAUGAUGAUUAUGAAGAAUUCUCAAAAGGUCUCAUUGAUGAGCUAAACCUACGACUAGCAGUUUCUCAAUUGCAAGAGUGGAGAACAAUGAGGAUUGGAGACCUCAAAAGCGGAGAGAAAUACGAACAGGAUAAGCAACAGAGAGCCCAUAAGGCACAACCUAUGGGUAGUAUGGAUCGUGAACGAUACGCCGCAGGUACAAAGAACAAACCUCCUGCCGUUGAAACUCCAAGUGGUGCAGCUGCGUUGGUUGCUCCUGAAUUACCGGAUUCUAUCCUCAAAUCGGAGCCAAACGAUGACAAAGAAAACUUGAUGAAUGGUAACGGUUCUCUCACAAAUGGAAUUAAACAACAAUCCCCUGUUAUUAAACGUGAACCAAUACAAGUUCAACCUCUCUCUACAAUUACACCAUUACCGCUCAACCCAUCAUCUACUCCCGAUUAUCAUCUUUUGACACCUGGGGAAAUUGAUCUUUGUGAAAAGACUCGAUUAAAUCCAAAACCAUAUCUGGUGAUCAAAGAAGCGAUUUUGAAAGAGGCAGUAAAGGGAGAUGGAAAGUUGAAGCGGAAAAUGGUCAAGGAGAUUGCGAGAGUGGAAGGAGCAAAGGGUGGGAAGAUUUUUGAUUUCUUCUUGCACGUUGGUUGGGUCGGGAAAGCGUAGGGAAUUUUACCAAUUUUCAUUGCAUGAUGAAGGAGUUAGUACGGUCAUUACGAAUAGUCUAUUGGAGGUGGGAAAGGGAGCAAACUUUCAUGAACGGUGUUUAGGAUGGGAAUGGGCAAGUGUCUUUCAGCGUUUAUGGAGGGGACUGAUUUCAAAAGAGCUUUCUUGCUGUUCUUCCUCACAAUCGGUUAGGUGCUUGGGGAUACAAGGAAAAACCUUUUGAGGAGAGGUAGUGGCUUUUGCAAAGGUCGUUUUUAUGAUGCAUAGCGUAGCUAGGUUUUGAUUGGUGUUUGAGAGGAAUGAAUUUCAUGGUAUGGAGCAAAUGGAUUGGAUUGGAUUGGAGUUUUACUUUUGGUCUUGGCAGUCGAGAUAGAUCGAAAUGGUACAUGGAUGAGGAUGGGAAUACUUAAUAAUCAGGAUACGCAUGAAUGUCUCUGGCGUCAUGAUAUUCUGAGCAGGGUGUAUUCAUCAGCGCUGGUUUUUGGUUUUCCUAUACUAGACAGCGGGUUUAUGAGAGAUGGCGAUGCUGUAAUAUAGAAGCGGGAAGAGUGGAGAUGAAGAUUGGGCUGGGUUAGGUUGGGUUGAGGGUUGUAGAUAUACGUAUCGUCUCGUAUUGCGUUGUAUAGAAUAUAUAACUUUGCUAUGAGAUGGUUGGCGCGAUGGUGAUGUGAUGUGGUGAUAUGAUGUAA